AUGCCCGUAUCGCGUCCCGUCUUUCUCACUUUGAUUGGAACUCUACUAGGCCUGUCCUUGACUUACUGUGUGUCGUCUGUUGCUCGGCUUCAGAGGCGGUCAACGUCACGAGAAUGCGAACAAUUGUUCGAAACUCAGCAGCGAACUGGCCUGAUUCUGAUGGGUAUCAUGACGGCGGCGAAGUACGUCGAUACGCGAGCCUAUAAUGUCUGGAAGACAUGGGCGAAACACGUUCCAGGCAAAGUGCUGUUUUUCGUGGCGGAGCAUACAGAAUCCAUCCAUCCGGAUCUGCCGCUCAUUCGUCUGAAAGGCGUCGACGACACGUAUCCACCGCAAAAGAAAAGCUUUGCGAUGGUUAAAUGGAUGGCGGAGAAUUAUGUAAGUCCAGCUGUGAAUAACCAAACUCUUAUUGGCCUUCUUUUUCCCGCAUGA